AUGGCUCGAUACCCUUCACUGCCCUCUCAACAAAGCCGGCCGGUGCACGCCACCCCGGCUCCUUAUGUGAACCACGCCUCGCCUUCUGACGCCAACUAUGAUACCGCCAACCCUGCAUACAUUCGCAAGUACCUGCGCACAUACGGCCUCACUCCUCCUCGCGCCGAGGGUUACGAAACACAAAAGACCCGAUGCCUGGCUCAGCUGGGUCUGAAGAACACCCCCAUCGAUAAAUUCCUAUACCUCAGCACUCUGCGCAAGAAUAAUGUGCACCUGUUCUACCGUCUGGUGACAGACCACCUCAGGGAAAUGACUCCCCUGAUCUAUACCCCAGUGGUGGGCGAGGCCUGCCAACGGUGGUCCGAGAUCUACCAACAGCCCGAAGGUAUGUACCUGAGCUGGGAGGAUCGCGGAAAUCUGGCUUCGGUCAUCUCCAAUUGGCCCGAGUCAAACGUUGAAAUCACAUGUAUCACCGAUGGCUCCCGCAUCCUCGGGCUCGGUGAUCUGGGCAUCAACGGCAUGGGUAUCCCCAUUGGAAAGUUGGCUCUCUACACCGCCUGUGCGGGUAUUCGUCCCGAGGCCACCCUGCCUCUGACUCUCGAUCUGGGUACUGGUAACAAGGCCCUCCGGGAAGACCCGCUUUACAUGGGCAGCCGUCGCGAGAAGAUCUCACCCGAAGAGGAGCGGGAGUUCUUGGACGAGCUGAUGGCUGCUCUUACCGAGCGCUGGCCUGGUAUCGUCAUCCAAUUCGAGGAUUUCAAGAACCCCUUCCCCGCUCUUGAGCGGUACCGUGACUCGUACACCUGCUUCAACGAUGAUAUCCAGGGUACUGGUGCUGUCAUCCUUGGCGGUGUCAUCAACGCUGUUAAGCGCUCCGGCCUGCCCUGCAAGGACCACCGCGCGGUGUUUUUCGGCGCCGGCAGCGCCGGUGUCGGUGUUGCUCGCCAGAUUGUCGAGUUCUUCAUGCGCGAAGGCAUGACCGAGGACGAAGCCCGCAACUGCUUCUACCUCGUCGACACCAAGGGUCUUGUCACCGCUGACCGUGGUGACAAGCUCGCCGACCACAAGGUCUACUUCGCCCGCCGUGACAACAACGCUGAGCAGUACAAGACCCUCGAAGAGGUCGUUGACUACGUCAAGCCCUCCAUCCUGAUGGGUCUCUCCACCAUGGGCGGCGUCUUUACCCCGGAGAUCCUGCGCAAGAUGGCUGACUGGAACACCGCCCCUCUCAUCUUCCCCCUCUCCAACCCCUCUUCCAAGUCCGAGUGUGACUUCGAGACCGCUGUCACCCACACCGACGGCCGCUGCCUCUUCGCCUCCGGCUCCCCCUUCCCCAACUUCACCUUCACCAACUCCGCCGGUGAGACCCGCACUUACUACCCCGGCCAGGGUAACAACAUGUACGUCUUCCCCGGUAUCGGCCUCGGCAGCAUCCUGUCCAAGGCCGUCCGCGUCACAGACAGCAUGAUCUACGCCUCUGGCGAUGCCCUCUCCACUGCCCUCACUGGCGAGGAGCUCGAGCGUGGUCUGCUCUACCCUGACAUCACCCGCAUCCGCGAGGUCAGUGUCGUCGUCACCCGCAAGGUGAUGCGCGCUGCCCAGGAGGACAAGGUGGACCGCGAGAUCUCCCUCCGCUCUAUGAGCGAUGUUGAGUUGGACAACUGGAUCAAGGCCCGCAUGUAUGACCCUCACACUGAGGUCCGCGCUCUGGAGCGUGAGGUCGGCCACCUUCUCUCCAGUCUGGGAACAAUCUCCCCUCCCAUCACGGCGAGUGGAUCCCCGACUGAGGAGAAGAAUGCCAAGCUGUAA